GCCAUGAAAAUUCUAUCCACAAAACCAAGUGUACAGACUGCCAGCACCUCUUCGUCUUUCCAACUUCUUGACGGAGGCUGACCAAAGUUCUAUUAACAUUUUCGACUCCGUUCCUCACAAACACACUGACUGUGACUGUAACGGUAACGCUUUGCUAAGGUCUGAACCUUCAUGGCAGCGCCGUUUUCUCAAACGACCCCUGUACGGUCCAUCCUUCAACCCUCCCAAAACCCUCCCAAAAUCCUCUUCUUUCUUCGAGAUUCGUAUCGUGGAGGACCGGACUGUGUGAAAUGCCAGUCGAGCAGGGGUAGUUUGUAUUCGUGGAGCUUGGCUCUAAACAAUGUGAGACUUCGGAAUGGGGUAGUGGGAUUUUCUGGGAAUCGCAAUGUUGUGAAGCAGUUGUUGCAAAGGAGAAGGGGACUUGUGAGGGCUGCAACUACUGAAGAAAUUGAAGCAGAGAAAUCUUUGAUUGAGAAAGAUGCUAAAGGAAGGAUGGAAAAGACUCUUGAAACAGUUCGAACCAAUUUCAAUUCCAUAAGGACAGGGAGAGCAAAUCCAGCCAUGCUAGAUAAAAUCGUGGUGGAAUAUUACGGAAGUCCAGUUAGCUUGAAGAGCAUAGCUCAAAUCAGUACUCCUGAUGCAAGCUCUCUCCUAGUUCAGCCAUAUGACAAAUCCAGCUUAAAGUCUAUAGAAAAAGCCAUAGUGGGUUCUGAUCUUGGCAUGACUCCAAACAAUGAUGGAGAGGUGAUUAGAUUAACCCUCCCUCAACUUACAUCAGAAAGGAGGAAGGACUUGUCAAAAGUGGUAGCAAGACUGGCUGAAGAAGGGAAGGUGGCACUGAGAAAUGUAAGAAGAGAUACUUUAAAAGCCUAUGAGAAACUUGAGAAGGAGAAAAAGCUCUCCGAGGAUAUUGUGAAGGGCUUCUCAAAUGAUUUGCAGAAACUGACAGAUGAGUAUAUGAAGAAGCUCGAUGCCAUCUACAAACAGAAAGAGAAGGAGUUGCUGAAGGUUUAGGGAUUGCUUUAUAUUUGCAGAUGGGAGUAAGCGUGAGCUUUCUCAUCAGUGAACCUGAGAAUUGGUCCCUUAUUUUGUAUGCCAAAACGUAGUAUGUAAUGUCUCGUUCCUUGGAGGUUUGGAGAGUUAACUCUUAUAACCUAAUAAACACUUCAAUAAUUUCUAUCGUA